AGAGAGAGAGAGAGAGAGUCAGUUAACUGUAGGCAGAGCCAGUGUUUGUGCUCGUGUUUUCUUUGUGCUGUAUAUAUUUUUCAGCGUGGUUCUGCUGUUGUAUGUUUGGUUCUGUAUUGGUAUCAUUGGUUCCUCUUCGAAGUGAGUGAGCGGUACCGGACUCACACCUCUCGUUUUCUGUCAGUAGUGUUCAGGCCUGUCUGAAAAUAUCUACACGACUGAACUCUUAUCACCAUGGACAAAGCAGAUUUCCUGAAAGGACUACCUGUGUAUAACAAGACUAACUUCAGCCGAUUUCAUGCAGACUCUGUAUGUAAGGCAUCGAACAGAAGGCCGUCGGUUUAUCUGCCUACACGAGAGUAUCCAUCAGAACAGAUUAUAGUCACAGAGAAGACAAACAUUCUCCUGCGUUACCUUCAUCAACAAUGGGACAAAAAGAAUGCAGCUAAAAAGCGAGAGCAGGAGCAAGCGGAAGGCGAGAGCGGCAGCCCGGCACCUCCUCGCAAAAUCGCCCGAACAGACAGCCAGGAGAUGAACGAGGACUCUUAGAGGAACCCUCGAUCCAACAGCACAAGGACCGACUCGAUAAGCCCAGAACAUACAAACACCUGCACACCACACAGGAAUUUCAUCUCAGACUGAACGAAAUGAAAACGGCUUUACUCAUGGUGUGCUUUAUUUUACUGAGUGCUUCCUGAUGCAGUCAGUGCCCCUCACCCAGACCGACUGCCCGGAUUCGAACACGCCGCGGGCGUGACUGGUUUUCACUGCCAGCUUUGAUGGUUCUGGUGAAUUCUGAACGGUGGCGGGGGGUCGGGUACAAUGAUAUUAAACAAGCACAUAAUAAGGAAGGUUCAGACUGUGUGCUAUACCAUUGUGAGAUGUGUAACAUUGUGAUUUGUUAAGACACUGUUUAGGCAAUUUAAAAGCACUCUGUAAACCCAGCUUUCCCUGUAUACUUUGGAACAGAAACCCAACACCCAGUCUCAUCUCUCAGUCUCCAAAGGGAAAGCAUUGAAACCAAGUUUAUAUAUGUAGUAUUUUGUAUGGGUGGUGAUGAUGAUGGUGUUCCUAACACGUGCACACUUGUGCAUGAAUGCACUGUUAGGACUGUCGUCACAUUGAUGUCAGGGUAAAGAAAUGGUGACAUACAAAUGCAUAAUCACCACUGUUAUAUGAGCUUUCAAUGAUGUGCCCGUUGAUUCUUACCUUGUGUGCUGAUUCCAUCAUGAUCCUGAUGAAUUUUGCUUGUCUGGAUUGAGAGCUAAGAUGCAUUCAUCUCUUAACCUGCGGAGGGAGUCAGUGAGCUGUGUUUAAUAAAAGAAGCACCUUUAGGCCCCAGGCUUAAUACUGUACUCGCAGCCCACAACAUAUCCACAGUACUAUGUGUUUUCACUAUGUGUUGUCUGUAUUGAAGGCACACUGUUUGGAGAUGUGUAGUCUGUUUGCCAGCAGUUUAUUGUCUUAAGUGUUCAAGUUCUUGACUGGAAACAUUUUGGUUUGUUCUUGAAAAGAUGCAUUAAGUUUGUACCAUAAAGCAUGCAUGGAUUUGGAUUUGGCAGAUAUCUUAAGGUUGCUUUUAAACAAGCUCAGAUUUUAGUGUCCAGUAUAGGGUGAAGUGUGCAGAGAGCAGUCCGGCCUAAAUUUAGCACUAUGGGUUACAGCAUUACUACUACCACAAUGACUGCAUAUACACCCACAUUUGUGUUUUGUUAUGAAGACUUGCCAUGUUCUUUACAGAGGUUGUUUUUUUUCUUUUGAGAAUCAAAAUUAAAAAUAUUAAAAAUGUG